AUGACUUACACUGCGCUUUCGCCUGGUGCUGUAGUCGCUCCCAUACCCCCAGGGACGUAUCUAUUGCCCGCCGUCAGUGGUCCGGAUUCUCUGCUUAAUAGCUGCGGGAGAGAGGGUUGUGUUAACACAGCCCACGAAAAAAUUUUUAGCUACACACCCAAAGAAGACGACUCGAAAUGGCAAUAUAGGGUCAUGUGUAUUCCACUUAUGCUGAUUGCCGUGGUCCUAGUAACUCUUAUCGCAUGGAUAACAAUAACUGCUAAUAGCCGUUACAAGGCAUACGAGGACGCACUGGACCAGAGGCUCAUUGACGCUAUGGACGAGGAGGAGAAAGAGGUGUAUGCUUGA